AUGAGGGAGAAGGUGAAGGAGAAGGUGAAGAAGAGACGAAUGUCGAUAGACGCGCUGAAUGCUGCUUCGCCAUCGACCUCAUGGAUGUUAAUGUCAUCUGCAGAUGUGGUGCCUAGAACGAGGGCAUCUGGGCUCUCUCCUGCAUCAGUAGACUACAAAGAAGACCUGAUCGCCAAUCGCGAGACACGCAAGACACGGAUGUCCGCGAUGCACGCAUGGUUGAUGCAAGCGCUGAGCAAGAAAACUCUUGAUGUCACUCAGUGUUUGUUUGGAUCCAAAGCCUUUGCCAAACAACCGUCGCUGCCAGCGACGUUUACAAGGCUCGUUGCUCAGACUCGCUGGUAUCUCACUCUUGCUUUCACUGGGAAUGAAAUACUGAUCAUGGUGAUGAUGAUCGGUUCAGGGUUCAGAACGGUUUCGCCGCCUCUGCAAACCCUACAGAACCGCGGCUCAGGUCGCCGGCUUUGGCUUUCCAGAAUUCCAAGCCGGGCCGUGCACAUCACUAGGCCGCAUAGCCUGUGUUACAACAUCAAUCCGCAGUUGUGGCAGGAAAAAACCUAA